AUGGGCCUCGUCCACUGCCUCCCGCCUCUGCUCCUCCUCCUGCUGCUCUCGGCCUCGGUCGGCGGGGAGAAGGGCCUCUCGGCCUCUGCCUACGAGGCGCAGUUCGAGGCGUGGUGCGCGGAGCACGGCAAGGCGUACGCGACGCCCGGGGAGCGCGCGGCGCGGCUCGCGGCCUUCGCGGACAACGCGGCCUUCGUCGCGGCGCACAACGCCGGCGCGGCUGCCAACGGAGCGGGAUCCCCGUCGUACACGCUCGCGCUCAACGCGUUCGCCGACCUCACCCACGACGAGUUCCGCGCCGCGCGCCUCGGGCGCCUCGCCGCCGGCCCGGCCCCGCUCGGGGAGCCGCGUUCGUCGGACGGGGGCUUCGAGGGCCGCGUGGGCGCCGUGCCCGACGCGCUCGACUGGAGGCAGAGCGGCGCCGUCACCAAGGUCAAGGACCAGGGCAGCUGCGGCUCCAGCAAUCCAGAAUUGUAG